AUGUCUACAUUAAUUCAAUCAUAUGAACAACAGUAUUCUAUACUCACGGCUGAUAUUACUGCGAAAAUAGGGCGACUUAAGACAGCUCACGAAGAUGAUCGCGAUCAAUUAUCAAGAGAGAUUCAAUCAAAUUUCGAAGAGGCUAAUGAUUUGUUGGAGCAGUUGGAACUAGAAUCUCGUGGUUCCGGUGGAGGGUCAAGAGUGCCGGCCUACCGCGCUGAAUUGCAACGAGUCAGGGAUGAGUUCAGAUCGGCGGUCACCAAUAGUGCUACUUAUAACAUAGACCCCGAGGAAUAUGAGGAUUGGUCGAUGGUGAAUGAACAGAAACAGAAGUUAUUGGACAGUACAGAACGUCUGGAGCGAACGGGGAAGACAUUGAACGAGGGCUACCGAGUGGUGUUGGAGACAGAACAAAUAGGAGCAGCCGUGUUACAGGACCUCAACCUGCAGAGAGAAACCAUACAGAGAUCUAGAACACGGGUAUGCAGUACAUUUCAGAUAUGA